AUGAGUUCUUCUUCUUCCCAAAACCCGCCAUGGCCGCCGUACCAAACUUACAGAGACUGUUCGCAAGGCAUCUGCAGCAUCUACUGCCCGCAAUGGUGCUACAUCAUGUUCCCGCCUCCCCCUCCUCCUCGCCGCCGCUUCCCCUCCGCCGCCGUCGGCGGCGACGGCGGCAGCGCCACCGACUUCUCCCCCCUCAUCAUCGCCGUGAUCGGGAUCCUCGCCAGCGCCUUCAUCCUAAUCACCUACUACACCAUCAUCACCAAGUACUGCCGGCGGCGCGGCGGCAGCGGCGGCGUCGGGAACCCACUUGACGGCGACCCGAAUCACAACAGCGGCGACACGAAUUGGAUGCCGCCGUCGGGCCCCGCGGGGCUGGACGAGUCGGCGAUUAAGUCGAUUGCGGUGCUGAAUUACCGGCGUGGGGAAGGGUUGGUGGAAGGCUCCGAUUGCUCUGUUUGCCUGAGCGAGUUUCAGGAGGAAGAGAAGCUGAGAUUGCUGCCCAAAUGUCACCACGCGUUCCACGUGCCCUGUAUUGACGCCUGGCUCAAGUCCCACGCCACUUGCCCUCUCUGCCGCGCCAAUAUCCACGCCGCCGCCGCCGAGGCGGUGGUGGCGGAGGAAAUUCGUGAAUCGGUGGCGGUACCGGCGCAGGAGAUUGAGAGUGGGGACGUGAUCAGCGAGAUUGCGGUGGUGGCGGAAGAUUUGGAGGCCGGCGGGGAGGAGAGUGGCGGGAAAAUUGAGAUCGAGUGCGGGCAAUCUGAGAGUGAGCAGCUGGGGAUUUCGCAAAUGAGGAGGUCGAGUUCGUUGAACUUUGCGGCGGCGGCGGCGAGGGCGAUGAAGAGAUCGGUUUCCACGGGGAGAUUUCUGUUGAUGCCCAGUGGAGAUGGUAAUUCCUCCAAUUCUGUCGGUAGAAUUCCAAUUUGA